AUGCCGCACAUCCCGCUCAUUGGCCGCCUCACCGCGCGGGAAUAUACCGCCAUCCUUUUUGGUUCCAUAUUUGUUACCCUCGAAACCAUCCUCACUUUCAUCAUCGCAUUCCUCCCGACGUCCGUCAUCCAAUGGUUCUACGACCACUCUCGCACCCUCUGGCACACCGUCGUCGGCCCACCGUCCCCACCGUCCCCACAAAAGGCUCUUGCAGAGAAGAUCCGCCUCGCGUCCGACUUUGAACGGUUAUGCGAGAUCUUUGGCUACACGCACGAGGAGCACGUCGUCUUGACCAAGGACGGAUACCUGCUCGGGCUGCACAGAUUGCCCUUCCGUCGCGGAGAAGAUUCAGGGAGGCGGGGCGCCAGCACCGGCAAGCCCGUCGUGUACUUGCACCACGGCCUCUUGAUGAACAGCGAAGUCUGGAUCUGCCUCACUGACCCGGCGCGGAGCCUCGCGUUUACCCUCGUCGAGCUCGGCUUCGAUGUCUGGCUCGGGAACAACCGCGGAAACAAGUAUUCGAAGAAGAGCAUCCACCACAACCCGAACAGCACAAAGUUCUGGAACUACAGCAUCGAUGACUUCGCCUGGCAUGAUAUCCCGGACUCCAUUGAAUACAUCCUCGACGUGACGAAGGAGCCGAGUCUCAGCUACGUUGGCUUCAGUCAGGGCACCGCGCAGGCCUUUGCAGCGCUGAGCAUUCACCCACAGCUGAAUAACAAGGUCAAUGUCUUCGUCGCGCUCGCACCCGCCAUGAGCCCGCCCGGUCUGCACGCGUCCAUCGUCGACGGGCUGAUGAAAGCUUCUCCCACCCUUCUGUUCCUAAUCUUCGGCCGCAGAGCGAUCCUCUCUUCUGCGCCCGCCUGGCAAUCACUACUCUAUCCGCCCGUGUUCACCUCCGUCAUCCACCACUCCCUCCGCUUCCUCUUCGGCUGGCAAUCCAAGAACAUCUCCCCGCUGCAGAAGUCCGCUGCGUACGCGCACCUCUACUCCUUCUCCUCCGUCAAGGCCGUCGUGCACUGGUUCCAGAUCAUGCGCAACGGCAAAUUCCAAAUGUACGACGAGGACGUGCAGAAGGUCAUCCGCGUCUCCGGCGCCGCGGCGGAGAGGCACCGCCCGAGCGGCGUGACGAGCUACGCCCCCGCGCGCUUUCCGACCAGGAACAUCGUCUCGCCGGUCGUGCUGCUGUACGGCGACUCCGACUCGCUCGUGGACAUCGACAUGAUGCUGCGGCAGCUGCCCGGCCAUACAAUGGCGCGCAGACUGCAUGGGUACGAACACUUGGAUAUCAUCUGGGGCGACGAGGUCGAUAGGGAUGUGCAUCCCCAUGCGGUGGAGGCACUGAGGCAGUACGCGGUGCGCCCGGAGAGGGUGCGGAGCGAGGUGAAGCUCAAUGGGGUGAACGCGAUAAAUGGUGUGCUCGAGUCGCCGGACACGAUCUCGGAGACGACUUCGACAUACGGGGUCGAGCCUGAUCGGCGCGCUCCCAACGUGCCCCGUGUGCCCCCGCCCGAUUAG